GAACGUUUUCAUCAUACGCGCUCUCUGUGGUGUUGAAACAAGAUCCUGAUUGACACAGUGUGCGAAGUACCCUUAGCGACGUCACGAUAAAUUGUCUAGCAUCCAAUCAUUUUCAGUCUCGCGCUAUUUAUUGAAAACCAAACCGUAGACUAAUACAGUUGUUUGGCCUUUGGACUGUUUCGGACACCAUCACUCAAAAAACCAUGGAGACAAAAACACUGUUAAUUUGGGUUUUAGCUGCAUUUUUGGCUUUGAUUGAAGUAUCAAAUGGAUCAACAGAAUCAAAACUCAGUCACGAGGAUUCAGAGGUAAAGUCAAUAAAAAGACGAUCCGAUCCCAUGGAUGACAUCACAGACUCGUACGAGUUUUCAAAUGAAGAUUUAAAUGAACUUGUUAAAAAGGGUUCGCUUUUUCGGUUUGGAAAACGAGGUGGGUUGUUUAGAUUUGGGAAGAGGGGCGAAGACGAAAAGAGAGGCUCGUUGUUUAGAUUUGGAAAACGUACGGACGGUUAUUACGUUUCACCGUACGGAAGCAGUGAAAGAAUUCCAGAUAGAGAGGAUAAAAGGGGGAGUCUUUUCCGGUUUGGCAAACGGUCAUCUUUGUUCAGGUUCGGUAGAAGUGUCGACAAUGAGAAACCACAUAUGCCAUUUCGUUUCGGACGUCAGGAAGAGGAUGAAAUUUAAUUGGAAUAUGUGAACAUAACAUCGUUCUCUCUAAAGUAUAUGUAAUAUUAAUAACAAAUGCAACAUUGUAUUUCAUAUGGUUUGUAAUCAUCGUAUAGAAUGAAAGUGUUUAUCAUUAGAUUUGAAAUCUCAUUUAUAAAAACAAUUCCAUUCUAUGAGUGAUAUCAAGUACCUAUCGCAAUCAUAAAGUCAUGUAAAAUUUGAAUUAUUUCAAUCUUUUGGAAAAUUAGUACUGUAUAUUUUAAUUAGUAUUUCAGUGAUGGAGGAGGUAAAUAAAAGGAAGUGAAAUGGUGAUAA